UGAUAUAGUUUGGAUUAUUUUAAAGAGAAUCAUGGAGCAACUUAACUUCAGUAAGAAACCAGAUCAUACCAUGAACCAGGCCCAGCAUAUAUGGAGCAUGCUAGAUGAGUUGUCUCUAUCAGACCCUGAUUCUUAUCGGUCUUUUAUAUCGAAAACUCUCGCGGAGAGCAAGUCAGCUAUUGAAAAAGAAAAACUUGUUACCAAAUGGAAGGUCUUAAUGGCCAAGUCAAAUGCACUUCACAAAGAGCUAUUAUUAAACUUGUUAAUUGACAAAUCUAUUCCCAUUAAAACUGAAGACGAAUUACCCUUAAAAUCUACAUGGACAGCAAUUCCUAUCGAAAAAUACGUCAUUGUUCACGUGUUUUUGCACCCAGCGAUAGUUUCUAGCAUUGAAAAAGAGAAAGCUGCUUACGAUGAGCUCAUAAAGUUUAUAAUCUAUACACUGCAGCAGAAAUCUAAUUUGACGUUCGAUCAGUCAUCUCUACAUGAAAUCAACGUAAAAAACUUCAGUCAAAUUGUUGCCUGUGAAUUGGAUAAAUUCACUGGAAAGUUUCCCUCAGUUUCCCCGAAGUCGAAUAAUCGAGAUAUAUCUUCAAUGAACCCUGCUCCUGAUAUACAAUUACCUUCUAUGGUUCAUGAGGUUUCAGAGCCGGAAAAUUUUUUUGAUGACGAUCCACCAAAAUUAAAAUGCAAUCUUGUUCAGGAAAUAAAUUCGACUAAUGGGGGCAUUCCCGAGCCGAUUUACAACUACUCCUGUGAAAAUGGUGUUUUGCUGUACCAAAUUGAAUUACCAGACAUUGAAAAGCUUGGAGAUUAUGAAUUGACCUUGACCACAGGUGGAAUCAUUUUUGAAAUUCACGGAAAAUACAGACUGGAGCACCCGCAUAAUUUGAAAAUAGAUGAAAAUAAUGUCAGUGCAAAAUUUGUUCGAAAAUUGCGACGUUUAAAAAUAAAACUUCAGCAAAUGUGCUAGUUUAGGCUGCACUUGUAUAUUGUUUGAUUUGUGUAUAUAAAAAUGCAUUUGUAAAAAUUGAAGUCACAUGGAUGGUAAAUUUCUU